AUGGCACCAGGCGCAACAUUCGUCGACUCCGCCGUCGAAAGCGGCGCAGUGUUCAAUACAAAACGCGACGGCAAAGCCCUAGAAGCUCUAUCCGACGACAUCGACGCCGUCAACGCCCUCAACCCUUCCGGCAAGAGCAACAACAUCAAAAAUAGCACCCCAGAAGAAAAAAGUCUAUACGACGAAUCCGUCUUCGACAAGUCCAAGGACAAAUCCCAAUUCCGCCAAUACACAACCGCCUGCGACCGCGUGAAAAACUUCUAUCAUGAGCAACACACCAAGCAAACCGUGGCGUACAACCUGCAGGCCCGCAACAGAUUCCGAGCCACGACGCGCGCGCGGAUGAGCGUAUGGGAGGCGAUGGAGAAACUCAACACAUUAAUCGACGAGUCUGAUCCCGACACGACGCUGAGUCAGAUUGAGCAUCUGCUGCAAUCUGCAGAAGCAAUAAGGCGCGACGGAAAGCCGAGAUGGAUGCAGCUUACAGGGCUAAUACACGAUUUGGGAAAGCUAUUAUAUUUUUUCGAUGCAAAGGGCCAGUGGGAUGUUGUCGGCGACACAUUCCCCGUCGGCUGCGCGUUCGACGACCGCAUAAUCUACGGGCGGGAGAGCUUCAAAUCGAAUCCAGACUAUUCGCAUGAGGUAUUCGAUAAUGGGCUGGGGAUCUAUUUCCCAGGUAUUGGGCUAGACAAUGUUAUGCUCUCUUGGGGUCAUGAUGAGUACCUAUAUCAUGUCGUCAAGGGUCAGUCUACUUUACCGGAUGAGGCGUUGGCGAUGAUAAGGUAUCAUUCGUUCUAUCCGUGGCACAAUGCUGGUGCGUACGAGGAAUUGAUGAAUGAGAAGGAUAGGCAGAUGUUGAGGGCGGUCAAGGCGUUUAAUCCGUAUGAUUUGUAUAGUAAGAGUGAUGAGUUGCCCAAGGUGGAGGAGUUGAGGCCUUAUUAUGAGGAGUUGAUUGAUGAGUUCUUUCCGGAGAAGGUUAUCAACUGGUGA